GAAGCUUUCAGAUGAAAACAUAGCAGGACUGACGCAGCCAGAUAUUGACCUGAAACACGGAUUCUAGUCUCUGCCAGCAGCAAGGUUGUGCACAGGUUGCUGCUUUGUGGAGGAAGAAAUGCAGGCCAUGUUCGGCAGCAAGGGCGGUUCCAAGGCCAAGGAGGAGCCGAAGACUCCAAAGACGGCUGUCCCGCCUGUCAGUGCGGCCGUGGUGGUGCCAGAAAAUCACUUUGGGAAAAUCCCUGGCGUGCCCAGCGGCCGACUCUGGGCCUCGAGGAAGGACGUGUGCUUCUGGGGCGUGCACCGGUCGCUGGAGGCGUCCAUGUGCGGCGCCAUCAACGUCGGAGUGCAGAGCUUGUGUCUGUCGGACAGCCUCGAAGGCGACUACGACGACGGACACUGGCUCGAGGUGUCGGGCGGCCGCGACUCCAAGACCAGACCCCGCAGACUGGCCGGACUAGAUCUGGCGCUGGCGCAGUCUUGCUACGCUGGACUGAACGCGAAAGAGGGCGCCGUGUCCGUCGACUGGAUGAAAGGCCUGCCCAUCAGACUCGUCCGCGGCCACAGAUUCGGACAGGUGUCCCGAUUCGCCCCUCCUGAGGGCUACAGGUACGAGGGAAUUUUCAAGGUGAAAAGGUACUUCAAGGAGGGCGCAGUGUGGAGGUUUGAGCUGAGGAGAGACGACAAUGAGCCUCCUCCGUGGUCCUUGAGCGGCGUGAAUUUCAUGAUCAGCAGGAGCGUCGGCUUCCUCGAGGGUAUCAUUGACGAGAGGCCACUGAAGCGGAAGUUGCCGGUGGAAGGAGUGACAUUGAAGAAGGAAAGGGUGGCCUACGUCCUUCCCCCGACCGUCAACGCCCUGAUCAAGGAAGACCUGGCCAAUGGCAGCAACUGGGAGGACCUGAGAGCCCACCUCCAGUUUGGCUACCCUGACUUCAUCGCUGCCCUGGUCAAGAAGUUUGCUUGCUGCGUCUGCAAAGGGGUGGUCAAAGAGCCAAUCACCCUGUCCUGCAGCCACAACGCUUGCCUCCUCUGCUACCAAAAGUUGGUUGCCGAGGCUUCGGACAAGUUGCGCUGCCCUCGCUGCACUGGUUGCAAUGCUAUUGUCCGGGAGGAGGAUGCUGGGGUCAAUCGCCACCUGGACCAGAUCCUCAACGCCCUUCUGCCAGGGUACAACCCAAAGGAUGCGGCGCCCAAGCCAUUCUCUCUGCUGCUCAAAUCCAAGCAGCCCAAAAAGUAGGAAAAGCAUCUCGUUUCUUUGGUAGUCUAGUUUUCAUCUGUGAAUGCAAAUGAGAGUCAACUUUAAUUUUUAUAAACAAGCAAGGACAUCAUGAUGUCCUGAGACAAUCUAUUAUUAUUGAAGUUCAAGAAUCUUUACACUAAUAUUGAAAGAAGUAUUUGACUUUUUGUUCUUUCAAGUAUGUCUGACAGUUGUAACGAAUAAAUCGAUUUUUGUUUGAUAA